AGUUUUCUGCGCAGAAACCGUCUAUGUGGCCAUUGAUCUUACAGUUUAUUCGGGCGAAUUCCCGGUACAUCGUGCUCCCAUUCUGCAUUCCAUUGGGAUUUGCUGGAUUUCAAUUUGAAUGGAGAGUCCGUAAGCCAGAGGAUAUUUCGAGUGCUAAACAUCUUCCCAAAUCCACUGUUUCCGAAGCUCGUAAUCAGCGUCAGCUAAAUGAAUCUGUUACGAACAAAGCUGGUGAAAAUAUACCGGACCCGUCCUCCUCACUUGACUACCGCGGCGAAUUGAUAUUUGAUAAGAACAAGUAG